AUGUCUAUUAUUGUGGCUCCGACCAAUUGGCCCAAGCACAAAGCACUUUGCAAGGCAUUCAAAGCUGUCGAAACGAAGGACGCCAACAACUUACUCGCACCAUACAUGUUCAUUGAUGAUGACGAUGAGACCUACGUAGCUACCGACAUUGACCAGGUGAACAAGUGCAUUGGUGCUGUCAUCCAAACUGAAAUGCGAGCAUUGGAACGAGAGUUGUUGAGGUCUCUGCGCAUGGAGGAGCGAAAUCUUAUCGGAUGGGAACCUCAUUGUCUCGCCUGUGGACGCUCAGACGCGAUCUUUCGGAUCGAGGCAUCGCUUAGGAAGCGAAAACCGUUAUCACCCGGAUUGAAACCCUGCCCCGAUUGUCUCUUCACAUCGUACUGCUGCGAAGAACACUGGGACGCUGUGAAGGAGAAACAUAAAAGAGAACCGUGCCGCGAUGGCCGCGAUAACUUGUCCCAGUGUGAUAUGAACAAGCUGUACCUCGAAGACAUCCGAUUUGCCAUGGUGAUGUCUGGUGCGAACGAAGGAACUUUCAAAUGGGCACCGGAGCGUACGUUGCGGACAUGGAAAUCCCUUCGAGGCAUUGGUUGGAGUGAUUAUUCCGACGACAUCGAACAAGAUUUCGGGGGACUUCCUGGUGUUAGCGCGUUGUUGCCAAAUCUGGCUCGAGCGGCAACAGACGGUCUCUCGAUGCCUAUGACGAUUCUGUGGGCCCUCGAAAAUCUGAACAACGAUGAUUCGUGGACAAAAAAGGAUACUCUCAAUAUACAUAUCCUUGGACCUGCUGAAAAAGAAAUUCUAAAUGCUAAUGUUUUCGAAGAGAUUCUUCAUCGACUUCCUCUAGUAAAAAACCUGACGCUGACUUUGGUCGGCCCAGAAUUAGCUGGUAUUACAGGCCAAAAACAAACCUCAAAUGUGAUGAAAACUUGCCCGGCGUGUACGAGGAGCGGGCGGAAAAGAACGUUUAUUUAUUACCCAACAACAUACCACCAAUAUGUGUCCGAAAGUGGAACCAAUUUCGUAAAUCCUGAUCUCGCAGUCGCUUUCAACUCAGGCUGUUCACAAGAGUACACUGAUCUGUGGAAAGAAUCUUUAGUUGUCUUGAUCAAACAUCGCAUCCCAGCAGUGUUUACGGCCUUUAACCAGGAAGAAGCCGAAGCCGAAGCAAAUAUUUUCAGGGAUGUGGGAGCGACUCUGCACCCACAACUGGGUCCUAGAGCUAACCCUUGGGGAAGUUGUCUUGCCAUUCCAGAGCCCAAUAAGGUCACGGGCUUUUAUGCAGUCAAUGGCUGGCUCGCGGGAGGAUUCCGAUAA